CCACCUUUAAGUUUCAAUUUGUAUUAUUUUACAAAUACAAAGAAGCGGUUCAUGUUUGUUAAGCAAACUAUAACUAAAAAAAGUAUUUAAUUGUAUUAUGAAUUAAUUUAAUCAUUUAUUAAUAUAUUCUAUAUAAAGAUGGGUCUCUUAUCAGACCCAGAAUAUGGUUCUGUUAAGUGGGUUAGAAUUCUUAAGAAGAUCCAUUCGCCGUUAUGUUUCAUAUUUUACGUAGCUGCAGUAGCUUGGUUCUUUACUCUGGCUCACAGAGAGUUUAAUAAUGAGACAUAUUUCUCUGAAAAUGCAUUAUUACCUGGUCUUGUUACCAAUGAAUUUAAUGGAGAGCAAUCAGCCAACCAAUUCUUUAACGAGCUCCUGCAAGAACUAGAGGAGAAAUACGAGGACAGUGAUGAGAUGCCAAUACCUUGGCUCGUCGGUAAAAUGUCACAAAUGCAUCUGGAAGUGUAUACUCAUAAUUUCACAUUGAAAUAUCCACUCGGCCAAGGACAGGUAUUUAAAGGCACAAACGUGUAUGGCAUACUCCGUGCACCUCGAACAUCGUCUUUAGAAGCUCUAGUUGUAACAGCUCCAUAUCGAUCCCUGUCCAAUCAUCAGAAGGGUACUGCAGCGGGGAUUGCUCUUAUGCUGGCUUUUGCACAGUUUGCGCGACCACAAAAAUAUUGGGCAAAAGACAUAAUAUUCCUAAUCACUGAGCAUGAACAACUAGGAAUGCAGGCUUGGUUAGAAGCAUACCACGGCUUACAGAGAGAGUCCGCUAGCUUUUACACAUCUCUCGGCAGCUUCUGGCAGCCUGGUACAUCUGGAUUAGACUUAGGAAAAUACUCUAAAGGAUUUGAAUGGAUAACUGAUCAUAGUAAAUGCUUGGACCCUGGUACUUUGAAGGGUCGAUCGGGUUCUAUACAAGCUGCUAUCAAUUUAGAAUUUCACACUCCAAAAUUUAAAUACAUUGAAGUUAAAGUGGAAGGCCUUAAUGGACAACUACCUAACUUGGAUCUCGUGAACUUAGUUCAUAAGUUAUGCGUGAAGUCAGGAAUCCAUCAUUCAUACAAGAACAGUUACUCCUGGAUUCGAACCCGUAACAAGAUGGACGAAUGGGUUAAUGGUAUAUGGACAAUGCUUGGAAUGGUGUCAGCUCAAGUAGCUGGGGUGGCCAACGGUAACCACGGCUUGUUCCAUCGCUUCGGAAUCGAAGCCGUUACCCUAGAAGGUCGUGACGUUGAUGAUCCGGCUGGUAUGGCACCUCGUGUCCAAUCGCUUAGCUAUGGAAACUUCUACCGGCUCGGUAUCACUUUGGAGAGUAUAUUGCGUUCCUUGAACAAUCUUCUCGAGAGAUUCCAUCAGAGUUAUUUCUUCUACAUGCUGGCGGCUACUAACAGGUUCAUAUCAAUCGGUCAAUACAUGCCGUCUCUAUGUCUGCUUUGUGGUGCGAUGUUACUCCGAGCUCUAUCGCUUUGGGUUACCUUACAAAAAGAUGUAGACGAUAACACAGAUAAAAAAGACUCUAAAGAUAAACAUGACGCCAAAGAUAAAACGACAGAUAAAAUAGAUAAAGACAAGCAAGAAGAAGGAAAAGAAAAAGAUAAAAAAAUAGAUAAAAUUAAACUUGAACAGGAUGGAAAAGAUAAAAAAGAUACAGAUAUUAGUUACAGUAUUGUCAAUAUGGGAGGAAAUUAUUUAUUGGUACAUCUCUUCGGGUAUGGCGUCAUGAAUUCGCCGUUACUAUUCAGCCAAAUAGGUGCAACAUACUUUGAACAGCCAUCAGAAAUCUCAGUGUACUACGGCCUUAUAGCGACAUCUGUCUUACUAAUAAUCGUUACACCGUUUUUACUCAAACUACGAUCGUCUUUGACGUUUGAGGAGUUAUCAAUUCUUAAUAUAUUAUUGUUAAUUGAAUUAUCAACAGCUUGCUUGGCUAUUGGAAUGCAUAAUUAUCCUCUGGGUCUGUGUAUCGCAGCUUUAUAUACGCCAUUGGCUUUGAUGGUUGGUGUAGUGGACGAUAAUCCAUGGAGUUUCUGCCUCGCCCUCAAACGAGUCACCUGUCUAGUCCUCCACCCGUUGUUCGUGGUCUCGCUCGGUCUGAUAAUGUAUUCGCACGUGCUGUUUCCGGAAGAAACGCUCUUGUCUAUGAUCGGUCGCGGGCGAGACGCUGCGAUGCAAGCUGUUAUGUUUUCUAUUGUAGACUCUAUGAUUUAUGGAAAUUGGCUGUUCAAUGUUGGAGCGACAGUCAUUCUACCGACGUGGUUGCUGUUCUGGCAAAUUCUAUGUAACCGCGUUACCACAUAAGUACAGUGUUCAAAUACAUUCAGUGUUUACGGUGUUGCCAUUCCAAAGACUUAAUAAAGUUUUUUUUAAUGAA